UUUUCAGGACUUCCCCUGGUCGUCGUUAUUAUUUCUGCUGCAUCAUCUAAACUGAAAGGUUAUGGAAAUGACAAAUUCUGCUGGCUUAGCAUUGAUUCGGGACUUUUCUGGGCUUUUGCUGGACCGGCAUUGACAAUAAUAUUUACGAACACCAUCAUCACGGUCGCAGUCAUCAAAAGGUUGUUUGGAACUUCCGCUAUGUCAAAACGAGGAGAUGCUGACAAGAUCAAGACUGGACUUCGGAGCGUGUGUGUCUUGUUGCCAGUGUUUGGGAUCACGUGGCUGUUCGGUGUGUUUGCUGUCAACAAGGAUACUGUCGUUUUCCAGUACCUCUUUGUCAUCUUCAACAGUCUACAGGGAGUUCUGAUCUUCGUAGUUCAGUGCAUCCUGGAUAGGAAAGUGCAGGAGGCGUUCAAAGCCAGGCGAGCCAGGUGGCUUGCACCAGAGGUGUCCAUCACUGCUACCGAAAUGAAAACGAAGUCCUCGGCUGUAACAAAAUCAAACGCCACCGAAUCAACUGCAUAACUGACGAAUGUCCAGUUUACAUGUAUAUACAUGUAUAUGCAUACUUUACCAUAUUUGUUUGAUAUUAAAAUAAUACUUCACAUAUUUGCAAUAGAUGUUCAGGAGUAUACACAUUCGGUGUUGCUUUUUGGUUUGGAAAUACACAUUUAUAUAUGAGCCUCAUUAUUAUAAUAUUUUAAUGGAAAAUACAACUACAUCGCGUAAAAGAUAACAAAUAUAAACACUUGUUUGUUCGAAUACAUUUUAAGGUUGAAUUUAAUUAGAUGGGAGAAAUAUCGUGUCAUUAAUGAACCUGAGUAAUCAUGUGUGUAUUUCUUAUUUAAACACACUUUAUAAGUAUUGAUUAUAAUGGAAUCUAUCGAUCAGUAAAUAUUUUGAAUUAUCAAUUACUUUUAAUUAUUUUUGUGUAAAAAUAAUAUUUUUGUAUGCCUUUUUGUUAUCAUUUGUUUUCUUAUUAAAGCUUAUCGUAUUUGUAGUUUUAAUCAUUGUUUUUGUAUGUCAUGUAUUACAUUUUGUGUCAGGAAAUAUGGAGGAUAUAUUUUUUAAUUUCAGUGUAAGAUUGCAAUAUAUAUUUUACGAGUGUUCAUAUAAAACAGCGCAUAAAGACAAUAUGCAUUAUUAUUUGAAUGAUGGUCAGUGUCAAAAAACAUCUGUGAAUUAAACACAUCAUUCAAGUAUGUUUGUUUAGUGGAAUUUAAUCACGUUUAUAUUCUGAACAGCGUCUGUAUCCUGAUCGUUUACACUAAGCUUCUAUAAGGCGAAGAAAUAGGGAGAAAAUUGUACACAAUGCUACGAUGUUGACAAUGUUUAGAGAUCAUAUAAAGAAUUUUUCGGUUUAUUGCUUAUUGUGUGAAAGGUGAUUUUUUUUCUUGAGAUUCGAUAUUUAUGUGAAAAACUAUCGAGCUAUCUAUUCUGACAGGAAAAUAUUUGAUAAAAGGAUACCAUUGAAAUGAUGAAUGGUGAGCUUGAUUUACUUCUGAAACGUGUUGUAUAAAAGCUGCACUCGCACUGAUUGACCGUUUUACAACGUUUUUAAUUUUGUUUGUCUUGGAAUGACUCAUUUUGGGCGUAAAUGCGUGGAAACAAGUAAGAUGAGACUGCUGACAAAACAUCAGAUCGCAGACAUUCUAUUUUAGUUUGAAAAUUGAUGUGUUUUUUACUAAAAGAGUUACUUACGCUUUAAGAAAUAUUAUUUUUUCUGCAGUUUUCCAAAUUAUUGGUAUCUGUUCUAUUGUGGGUUAUCAAUCAUGACCACAUUGAAGUCAUUAAUGCACAAAAUAACUGAUUCUAGGCAGUUUUUUUUAUAUUAAAUAUCAAAACUAUCAAUAUGUGAGAUGGUAGCUUUAAAUAUUUAUUUGUAAACUCAAGUUAUAAUUUUGACAUAACUAUUUUCCGGCGGAAAAGAGUUAAUUAUCAAUUCAAGAAAAAUGACACUUGAUAUAAAAAGUAGUCCUUUAAUGGCAGCCAAGGUCAAAUGAUUCUAUAAAACUCAAAUAAUAUAACAUAGUAAUACACAUAGACCCUAAUGUACUGUACUUUCAAUAGCAUUAUCAGUGCUUAAAUCGAAUUAAAGAUUGCAAAUAACGACAAAAAACAAUAGAUAAAAAAACAAUCCAUUUUCAGAAUGGAAAUACUACAUGUACAGCUCUUCUACCAAAUACCUCCAAAAUUAUCAUUUUGAUCUUAGUCAGAAAUUUAAAACCCCAAUUUCUGGACUUUUUACGGGUGAAAUUUGGCCAGUUUUAAAUUUGAUUUUUGUGUUUUGUAAAACUUCAUACAUUUCCGUCACAUAGGUUGCUUUGAGGGACAUUAUUAAAGUUGUUGUUUUUUUCUGACAAUUCGAUAUUUCACCAAAAGAGCAUAACAUAUGUUUUAUCAAGUUGUUUACUACUACAUGAAUGUCAAUAUAAUAAUGUAAGUAUGUUUAUAAGUCUUCUUUUUGUUUUAUUUUGAUGCUUGAAUAUUAAACUUUUGAUAUAUAUGUCAAUUUGAAGAUAGACGCUACAUUUGUUUUUUGUUAUACAACUUGAAUGAACAGGUAGUAAAGUUAAACAAUACUCUUAUAUCAAAAGGAGAAAGCCUAGCAUGUAAUUCAUAUUUUCAAAUUAUGUUCAAGUGUUUGCUUAUCUUAUAUAUGAAUUAUAUUUAGUAAUAUUUGUAUGUGUUUAUUCCAUGCAUGAUUAAAUAUUAUUGUCUAUGUUGUAUCCACUUGCUAAUUUAGUAAUACAUAUUAAAAUACAUUUUAGAUCUUUUUGAAGAGAA